AUGCAAUCAGUGAAAGUAUCAUGUUCAACAAAAUUAGGUGGUGGCCCAUCGAUUCGAAACAUUAGUGAAUGGAUGAAAUCAGUAUCCUCAAAUCCAGUAGUUUUGAGUAGUACCGUAAAAGAUCUUUCACCUGAAAUGGAUAAUAUUAAUUAUUUUCUCAAAAAUCUGUUUAUUCAAAUAAAACCCCCUAAUACUUAUAAACCAUCAUUUGUAUGGAAUUAUUUUGGUCGACUUGAAGAAUCUGAUACUGUUUUUUCUUCCGUUCAAAAAAAAAUUGAAGUUUACAGUGCAACAAGUGCCACUGGGAAUAUGAAGAGUCAUUUAUUAGCAAUUCAUCGAAUAUCAGAACCCCAACAAACAAAAACAACCAGUCAACACAUUCUUUCUAUGUUUUCUCGAGAUCAUCAUUCACAAAAAGCUUCUCAAUUAAAACAGCAACUUGGACAUCAAUUAACAUUAAUGUGUUGUCGGGAUUUGCUUCCAUUUUCGAUUGUUGUAAAUGAAGGUUUUCAAGAUUUUCUAAUUUGUAACGAAAUUGUUAAUUCAAAAGAAGAUAUUCCUUCAAGAACAAUCUUAUCUCCUAUUAAUUUAAAUAAAAUAUAUGAUGUAUGUGUUGAAAGAACAAAUGAACAAUUAAAAUCGGCAUCACCAUUUCCAACAAUAACAUGUGACAUUUAG